GAAAAGAGGACUAAUUAGGGUUUAACACUUAAUAAGAGUUAGUUGUUAUGGGAACCUCAAUGACAUGGAAGCAUUUGCCUCCGCUCAUUGGGAAUAGAUCCUCUCAAUUGUUGAAAAAAAAUUGAGGGAAUAAAGUGUGAUCUAUAACCCUUCAAUACACUCUCUCUCAUGUUUUCUUUUGAUCCUACCUAUAACAAUUAAUAGUGAGAGAUUACACUUUACUCCCUCAAUUGUUAAAAAAAAUUGAGAGGAUCCAUUUCUCCACUCAUUUAUGCAUUAGCAUUUUGCUUAAUUGCUAUCAAUGUUGCUGCUGAUGAUGAUCAGAGUCCUUAAUUAUUAUGGAAGCCACAACUCUCCCUACCACCCAGCUCCACAGGCGGCGCCACCCGCACAUAAACCUCACCCACCCUAUAUGUACAAGUCUCCCCCUCCUCCAUCUUCAUACAUUUACAAGUCUCCACCACCACCUUCUCCGUCGCCACCUCCUCCAUAUUAUUAUAAAUCUCCUCCUCCACCUUCUCCUUCUCUUUCUCCACCACCUCCAUAUAUCAACAAAUCUCCUCCUCCUCCCUAUUAUUUUAACUCUCCACCCCCACCACCAUAUAUCUACAAGUCUCCUCCUCCACCCUCACCUUCACCACCACCUCCAUAUUUCUACAAGUCUCCUCCACCACCAUCCCCAUCACCAUCACCUCCUUAUAUCUAUAAAUCGCCACCACCAUCAUCUCCAUCACUACCACCACCAUAUGUCUACAAGUCUCCACCACCUCCUCCAUAUUUUUACAAGUCACCACCUCCACCUUCUCCGUCACCUCCUCCACCAUAUAUUUAAUUAAAAGUCUCCACUGCCACUCUUCACCUUCACUUCCUCCUCCUUACGUUACAACUCACCACCUCCAUCAAAGCAAGCCUAU